GGCGCCUGUGCGGCUGCUGCUGCUGCUGCCCCGCUCCGCUCCGCCCGGCCCGGCCAGACAUGCCCCGCUCUGGAGGCCGGGCUCGCCGAGGAGGACCAUGACUGCGGCGGCGAACGGGGCGAGCCUGGAGGACUGUCACUCCAACCUCUUCUCCCUGGCGGAACUGACAGGCAUCAAGUGGCGUAGGUACAACUUUGAAGGUCAUGGAGAUUGUGGACCUAUUAUAUCAGCCCCUGCUCAAGAUGACCCAAUUCUCUUGAGUUUCAUCCGAUGUUUGCAGGCCAAUCUCUUGUGCGUCUGGCGGCGUGAUGUCAAACCGAAUUGUAAGGAGCUAUGGAUAUUUUGGUGGGGAGACGAACCGAAUCUGGUAGAUGUCAUUCACCAUGAGCUACACAUGAUCGAAGAGGGAUUUUGGGAGAACGGGCUUUCAUACGAAUGCAGGACGCUGCUUUUCAAGGCAAUCCACAACCUGUUGGAAAGGUGA